AUUUUAAUAUGCAACUUAAAAUAUCUGCAAAUUUCGUUGAGCUCUAUUUAAAUUAGACUCCUUGUGGAAUCGGCCCCUUGGCUGCUUUACUUUUUGGUGUCAAGAUGUUCCAAGAGAAUAUAUUAUAUGUACCAAGUAUGAUUUCAAUUUCAUCCCUUUAGCUGUUGAUGGAUAAUAGACAUCAAAAUAAAAUCCACCGAAUUAUCGAUCUCCAGCUGCCAGGUAAUGAGUAACUAAAUUAUUAGAAACCUAAAAUUUUCACCGAUAUCCAUAAAGCAUGAUUGUAUUGAAUUAAAAGGGUGGUUCAUAUAAUAGGAGUAACCAACUCAGGUCCCCACUUUGAUAUUUUUUCAUGAGAAUGCUGGAAGUAUUUUUAAAGUAGAAAUGUUAGAUCUUGGAUAUCGUUUGGACUAUUUUGAGAAAUAUUACUAUAACUUAAAAUGUAAUAUCGUUGCUGUAGCAUAUCGAGGAUACGAUGAGAGUUCAGGUAAUCCAAAUUAAAUAGGAAUUCAAAAGGAUGCUAUAGCUAUUGUGAGAUACGUUUUCACAAAUUUAGAAAUAGACAAAAAUAACGUGUUUGUACAUGGAAGGAGUCUUGGAGGAGCAGUUGCCAUUUACGCAGCCAAUUAUUUCUAGGAUUCUAAGAAGGAGAAGAUAAGAGCCAUUAUCUUAGAGAAUACUUUCACUUCAAUUAAUGAUGUUGUCAAUGAUUUAGUUCCUAAUCUACCAAUUUCACAUCUCCUGUUUUCAAAGAAUCAAUGGAGAAGUUGUGACACCAUUAAAAACAUCAAAUUGCCCAUUCUAUUUAUCUCAUGUAUUAAAAAUCUAAAUGUUUUAGCUGGUUAGGACGAAUUAGUUUCCUACAAUCACAUGAAAAGGCUAAUUGAAUUAUCUGAAAACUCUUAGUUGAAGCGAGAAUAUCAUAUAGCUGAUGGCGAUCAUAAUGGAAAUUGGAUGAAGGAUGAGGGAGCAUAUUUCUAAAAUAUUUUGUCAUUCUUUCAAUAAAUAACAAAUUGAAUUUGCAUUUUAUGAUUGAAUAAGC